AUGUCACCUUCAAAGCUUUCAUUCCAUGACGGUCACAUCUUGAAUCAUCAACCACCGAUACUGAACUUAUCAACGUACACAGCAUCAUUGACAUCAUCGUCAUCGCCCGCUUCAGGUAUUUCACAUGACAGCGAUGGGCGUUCUUCAAGCAGCUCACCGAACAAUUUAAAUAGCAGCAUAUUCGGUGGCUAUGGUCACGCAUGCUCUCAUUGUACCUCGUCGUUUCUUACUCGAGAUUUGCUGGAAAAACACGAGCUGAUGCACAUUUCAAAUGCAACUAUGUGCAAAAUUUGCAAUAAAUUGUUUGCAAAUGUUUAUCGUUUACAGCGUCAUAUGAUCUCACACGACCAAUCGCAUGACUUGAGGCGCUUUAAGUGUGAAGAAUGCGGAAAAGCAUUUAAGUUUAAGCAUCAUUUGAAAGAACAUUUGCGGAUUCAUAGUGGUGAAAAACCUUUUGGAUGUCCAAGUUGCGGUAAACGAUUUUCACAUUCGGGAACAUUCUCGUCACAUAUGUCGAGUAAGAAGUGUAGAUCAAUGAAUCCAAAUAUGCCAAUCAAAUCACGAACACGCCGUAAUACGAGAAUUUUGGCCGAGCAAGAGACGCAAUCUCCUACCAUGGCCAUUAAUCAUCAUCAUCAUCAGCAGCCGUACAUGAAAAUGGAACAUGAACAUCAUCACUAUCGAUUGAUGGAACAUAAACAGCAACAACAACAGCAGCAGCAUCAUCAACAAGAGACAGAUCAACCU